CAACUGAGCUACAAAAAUCCCCGCGAACUGAUAAAAGUCACCGCUUCCCUGUUCGUCCUCAGUCCAAAAAUCCCCCACCCCUUCAGUCUUGACCCCAUGGCUGAGAGCCCUUCUCUCUCCCCUUCUAGAUCCAGCUGAGGACGACCUUGCCGCCGCACUCGAUCUGCUCCUCCCUGAUCUGGGCGUUCUUGAUUUUCUCAAGAGAAAAAUACCAGCUUUCUUCCGUGAUUUGUGGGAUUUCCCGUUGCUUGUUCCUGCCCUUGUUGCAUCCAGACUAGGAACUUCCAUCUCAUAGUGAAAGGUCAACUAUUUGUUAAGAGGAAAGCGAUGGCCAAGGGAAAGGGGAAGUCUGAUGGUGAUGGGUGCUCUCGUGAGAGGACUAUUUCCUGGGCUGAUGAUCAGACCAAGUUUAUGUUGGAUUGGUGCAUUGAAUACAUGAAGGAACAAUAUGCGGGAUUUAGGUUCAGGAAGCAUCAUCUUUUGAAGUGUGCUGAUGCUUUAAAUAGAAAAUUUGCUAUGGGGGUGACACUUGCUCAAGUUGAUCGUCACUUCAGGCACUACAAAGAAAAUUGGAAGUACAUUGCCGCCGCAAUUAGCAAGAGUGGCAAUGUUUUCGAUGAUAUUAGAUGUGUGGUAACUAUCUCCGAGUCUGAAAAGUCUUGCCUCAAUGAUAGAGCAAGGCGCUUGCUUUCUAAGCCCAUCAAGUUCUACUAUGAGAUGCAGGAGCUAUUCACAGGCACUAGUGCUGAUGGUUUUUUGGCCAUGGACCAGCAUACAUGCACAAUUGAUUUCGAUGACUCGGACAAUGAUGAAGGGUUGUAUGAUCUCAACUGCUAUCCACAGUAUGAGGGCCCUCUUGAGGAGGAUUCUGACACUUUGCCAACAACACAUUGUCCUAAAAGACCUCCAGUACCUGUAGGUGGUGAUAAUUCAACAUCUAGCACUAGCCGAGUUGGUAAGAAGCGCCCAAGAGGUAGCAAGUCACCUACUAAGAAGCCACCAAGAACCAAGAGUCGUUUCGUGGAGCCCGCUGAAGAAAUCAACUCUACAUUGAGGUCACUCCAGCAAUCCCUUGUUGCCGCUCCUCCUCCAAUGCCCCAAGUUGUUGAUCCUUAUGCUAGUUUAUGGAAGAGGUUGGAGGAACUCCCAAUUACCACAGAUCAAAGAAUUACUGUUGGUGUGCACUUAUCUUGCAAGGACAAUGAAGGUUUGCGUGGUUGGUUAUGCAGUGCAAGUGAAAAAACUUUUGAAACUUGGGUUUGCAAGUUCUUUGCUGACAAAGAUCAUGUUUAUAGCAACAUGUGAAGUUAUCUAGUUGCUAACUUGUCAUGUCUAGAAGUUGGCAACCUGUGAAGUUUAGAAGAUGGCAACUUUUGGUAUUUAGGAGAUGAACUUGUGCUACGACUACUGCUUUUGGGAAGUAGAUCUUUUGAUGUGUGGUGAAACACUUUAAUGUAAUUUGGCCAGAACUUGUGUUAUUGCUAUGAAUGACUAUCACUUGACUUUAUAAUGAUGGACGAA